AAGAUGAAGUUGAGAGCAGUUCAGCCCACUUGGAGCAGCAACUUCUAAUAAUCUCACAUUUACCUCCCUCAGACUGACUACAUCUUGAAGAUGGACAUCUACGCUAAUGCAGAUGCUGUAUACAUUCAUAAUGUCAGGACAGAAAUAGAGAACACCAGGAGACACCAAACACCUCAACAGACAGGUAAUGAGACUCAUUUUAUUAUAAAACCAUACACAUAUUUGUCCCACACAUUUGAGUUAUAUGAGUUUAUGAAACAUUUAUCUUCAGGAGGUGACUGUGUGAAGAUCAGAAGAUACAGAGCAGGUCUAGUGUGUUUUGUGCUGCUGUGUGUUCUUCUGCUGACUGGAGUAAUAUUGCUGUGUGUCCACAUCCAUAUAAAGAACACAAACCACACAGAAGAAAAAGACCAGCUACUAACCAAGAUCACGCAUCUGACGAAAGAGAGGGAUGGAUUAUUAUCAAGUACAUGUGACCGGAUUAACCUUUUCAGUGAUGGAUGGAUUAACUAUCAUAACUGUAGUCUUUACUUCAUUUCCUCACUGAAGAAGACCUGGACUGAGAGCAGAAGAUUCUGUACAGAGAGAGGAGCAGAUCUGAUCAUCAUAAACAACAGAGAGGAACAGGAUUUUGUGGAGAAAAUAUCUCCUAAUUAUGUUGUCUGGAUUGGUCUGACUGACAGUGAAGUGGAGGGCACAUGGAAAUGGGUUGAUGGCAGCACACUAAACCCUAGUUUCAGCUUCUGGAAUUCUCAAGAACCCGAUGGACAAAGAAAAGAGAACUGUGCUCGAAAUUUUUCACCAGGAUGGGCUGAUUAUUCAUGUAGUGAUCUUGGUCAAUGGAUCUGUGAAAAGGGCAGUUUAAAAUAAGUCAUAGGGUUACAUCUUUCCCCUAGCUGUUUUUAAAGGAACUGCUACUGCUAGAACAUAAUGAUUUUGUUGUUGUUGUUUUGCAUACUAGUGUAGAAUAAUUUACAAUACCAAAAAGUUAUGUUCUGCUCCUGUCUCAUGAGAAACACAAUACACUUAAAAGCAAGUAAAUAUAAGAUUCAGUUUCCUACACUCCAACUCUGUAAUAAGAUCAGAAUAGGGACUGUGUGUGUGUGUGUGCUCUUGUUUUUGUGACAUAUCAGGACACAUCUCUGUA